AUGAAGACGCUGGUGCUGCUUUUAUUGAGCUUUGCAGUGGCUCUGGGAAAACCAGCACCUCCCCCUGGUGUGCCACAAAGUCCUGGUUUAGCCAAAGAAGAGCAGAGCCCUCUGGUGGGAGACUUGGUUCCUGUGCAGGGCCAUGUGGAAGUGGAGGAUCCUGCACCACAGCCCAGACUGAGCUCCAAAGAGCCGCAAGAAAAGGUGUCUCCAGUGGACGUGAAGCAGAAUCAGAGUCCGCCCAAAGAGCAGCCAGAGGUCAAAGUGGAGCCAGAGGGUGAGGCGAAGGUGGAACCAGAGGUUAAAGUAAAGCCAGAAGACACGGUGGAGGAGAAGUCUGAAGCAGUGCAAGAGGGUAAAGAGGAGCUAAAAGCACAGCCAGAGCUUGAGGUGGAACAAGAGGCUGAAGUAAAGGGAGAAGAUAAGGUGGAGGAGAAGUCUGAAGCCUGGCAAGAAGUUCAGGUGGAGCAAGAGGGUAAAGAGGAGCUACAAGCAGAGCCAGAGCUUGAGGUGGAACAAGAGGCUGAAGUACAGGCAGAAGAUACGUCGGAAGAGAAGUCUGAAGCAGCGCAAGAGGGUAAAGAGGAGGUAAUAGCAGAGCCAGAGCUUGAUGUGGAACAAGAGGCUGAAGUACAGGCAGAAGAUAUGUUGGAGGAGACGUCUGAAGCAGCGCAAGAGGUUCAGAUGGAGCAAGAGUUUGAACCAGAGCCAAGAGUUUAUCCAGAGUCUAGGAUGGAAUCAGACAUUCAAGUACAGCCACCGCUGUUAGAUGAGGCUCAGCUUCAGGCCCGAGCAAACUAUGAAAUGCAAGGUGAGGAGUUUGAGCCUCUGGAUGACGACAACCUGUUUGAAGACGAAGCGAGCGACACAGAGUUCUCAGAGGAAGAAAAGCCUAUGAGGGCGGCGUUUCUGAAUCCGAAUCCUGACGUUGAGCCUCAGCCAGAGGAGGAGGAGGAGCAGGAGGGGCUGGCGAGGAUGAGGAACUAUGGUUCAGAUGAAGAACUGCAGUCGAACAUAGUAGAAGGGCCCUUUGGAAAUGAAGACAUCGUGCCACUUGCUGCAAACUUGGAAGAAGAUCAACAGUUGGACAUGACAGAGCAGCAGGAGUUUGCAGUAAACUAUUUACCAAAUGAAGAGGUCAGCGUGGAGGCGAGGCCUGAUGAGGAAGCAGGGGCAGAGUUAAGGGGGGAGGAGGAGCAGCUUUUUGAUCAGGCAGGAGGGGAAGACCUUCCUGUGUCGGAUGCCGACAUUGAAGGAGCUGGGAGAAGAAUACUACGAAACCCAGGCACAAGAGGGCUGAGCUAUUGUUCUGGCAUGGUGUUUGAGAGGAAGUGUUACCAGUUCAUCAGGGAAGCUAAGAGGUUUUCGGAUGCUGAGUUCCAUUGCCAGGAACAUUUCAUCGAUGGCCACCUGGCCUCCAUCACAAGCCCGUACCUCCACAACGAGCUGUUACACUUGAUUGUGACCGAGAUCGGAGGCCCUACACACACCUGGGUCGGAGGAGUACGGUUUCUGGAUGUGGGUAUCUUCAGGCAGGGAGCCGAGGCUCAUAAAUCUACCGGGCGCUUUAUCUGGUUGGACGGAUCCUACUGGGACUAUUCUGACUGGCUGAGCGGGGAGCCCAGUGACAAUACGGAGGACUGUCUGGAAGUGAUGCCUGAUUUUGAGCCCAUGGAGAGUUCAUCCUCAGUCAUCCAGCCUGUCCGACAGAAACAUCCAGGAAAAACAAAGGAGGUGGAAGACAAGAAGCAGGAUGGAAAACUACAGGUGGAGCAGGAGACCACAGACGAAGCAGAUCAAAAAGCCAUGGCGGGUGAGGCUCUGGACAGGAGGAACAUCUGGGAGCCGAGUGUUUAUUACGCACUGGGGAAGGAGUCUUUCUAUUUCGCUGGACACGAGAUCAGCAUCCGCGAGUCCCUGGAUACAUACGGGGCUCUGAUCUGGCCUGGGGCGAUAGCUUUGUGUCAGUUCUUGGAGAACAACCAGCAACAAGUGAACCUGAUGGACAAAGCGGUGCUUGAGAUUGGAGCCGGCACUGGUUUACUCUCUAUAGUGGCCAGUCUGCUUGGUGCUUGGGUGACGGCUACUGACCUCCCUGACAUCUUGUCUAAUCUGACCUUCAACCUCCUGCGCAACACAAAGGGCCGCUCCCGCUACACCCCUCAGGUGACGGCCCUCUCCUGGGGUCAGACGCUCGAACGAGACUUCCCCUACCCAUCCUACCACUACGACUACGUGCUGGCAGCUGAUGUGGUUUACCACCACGACUGCCUUGAGGAACUGCUGAAAACCAUGCGUCACUUUUGCCGACCAGGAAGUCGGACGACGCUGCUGUGGGCCAACAAGAUCCGCUUCCAGUCAGACCUGAGGUUCACAGAGAGCUUUAAGAGCAGCUUUAACACCACGCUGCUCACUGAGCUGCCACAGCAGGACGUGAGGAUAUACAAGGCCACAGCGAAGUGAUAAAAGAGCUUUAGGAGUGGCAGUUUCCUGUGAUGUUAAAGAUUUUGAGUUUCACUUUUGAGGAAAAGAGGAAAUUGCGUUUUCCUUUUGCUGAUUUAAAUCACGUAGAGAAACGUGUGGUUUUGCUCUGUGCUUAUACAACAUUCCUGGACAGUGUCAUAACCAUUAUUAAGCAGAAAUGAAGUUCCUGACUCAAGUUUCUAUUUCAAUAAGCUAUUUUAUUUGCCAGUGCUUUUUAGACAUUUGAUAUUUCUGAAUGUAUUCAACUUUUGUUCACCAAUUUGUUUUUCAAAAUAAAUCAUAUAG